AUGAAAACCUUCAAGAACGGUGACUUAGUCAAAUUUACCAUUGCCAACAUCGAGGAAAGGGGCAUCAUCGAAUCCAUUGAUUAUCGCGAUGACAAGUCCAUCGUAGCAACCAUUCGCUACAUUACCAAGAUCGAAGGCAAGGAAACAACGAUCAAUCGCAAGCUUACCAACCUUUCGCAUGCCGUAAUAACGGCUACAUGCGCAGGCAAACGAGCGCUUGGCGAACUCGAACGUCAUCUCCGCAACCGUUUUCUCUGA